AUGGGCUUGGCCAUGGCCAACAACCUGAUCAAGGCCGGCUACAAGGUGGUAGUCUGGAACCGCAAUCCCGCAAAAUGCGCACCCCUGGAGGCUGCGGGCGCAGAGGUGGCCAGCAGCGCGUCCGAGGUUGCGUCCAAGGCAGAGAUCACAUUUGCGAUGCUGUCGGACCCCCCGGCCGCCCUGGCUGUAGCAGAGGACGUGGCAAAAGGGCUGUCCCCUGGCAAGGGGUAUGUGGAUGUGUCCACAGUCGACUCUGACACCUCGAGCGCCAUCGCCGCAAAGGCACGCCCUCGCGUGCGCGCCGCGGGCGGCCUGUUCCUCGAAGCGCCCGUCUCCGGCUCCAAGGGGCCAGCCGAGCAGGGGCAGCUGAUCUUCCUGUGCGCGGGCGACGCGGCGCUGUUCGACGCCGCGGCGGGGCCGCUGGAUGUGAUGGGCAAGAAGGCCUUCUUCCUGGGAGAGGUGCGGAAACCGGAAGGAAGCUGCCGGGAAACCGGGGUUUGA